UGUUGACUGAUAAUUUUACCCAGAAGUAAUACCAUGUCCCUGGUUAUUUUUCUGGUGACAAAAUCAAGAAACUUUUAUAAUAUCCUAUGGUACCCCGUGUUUUAAAAAUUGUAGCUAAUGCAAGUGCAAACACGAGUUAACUUGUGAUCAGUCAACAAUGUGUUUGGUGCAUUCUUGUAUUAAAGCAAAAAAAAGUAUAUGUUUACUUAAAAAAGCUGGGCAAUUAGGUUUUGAAACUUUGCUGGAGACUUAGGAGAAAUAAGUGUGCAGGCCAGGGCCCUCCCUGCUCGGCUCCCCUAGGACCUAUCUGGCCACAUCUUGUGUCCUGCUCACUGGCUCUGCUCCAGCCACACAGGCCUUUCUUUUCCCUAGGUUGCUCCUGCCUCAGGAGCCUCAGGAGCGACAAUGGAUGUCGCUCAUUCUAGAAGUCUCCUCCCCUGAGCUACUGGUAACGUGCACCCUUCCUUCCUUAUAUCUUUGUGCUAGUAUCACCUUUUCACAGAGGACUUCUGUCCCUCUAUUCAGUAUUUCAGCCACCUCUUCAAACACAGAACAGCACAUAUUGGUCCAUCUGACUUUUUCUUUAGAGUCUCUUGCAUUUCCCUGUCCUGAUACUGGCAACAAGUAUCCAAGGAGAGAGCAGAGUGAGAAGGAGGGAGGGGUCCUGGCUUUGCCCCUCUGAGUGGAGUUCAAGACUGGUCUUACAUUAGAGUGUUGAGGCUUUUCUCAUGCACUUCUCUUGUGUCCCCUGGCUAUUUACAUAGUCCAGUUAGGAACCACCUUCGCUAAUGGUUCCAGUUACCAGGUGUGUCCAGUCCAUGUCCAACACUAAGUACAAAGGGUCUCUGUCCUCCAUGGCUGAGGACUGAGCUGAGCCUUGAUUACAGAGCAGUAAGGGCCUGUGCUCUGCCUAGGGUUUGGGGCUGUGCCCUGGAGGGGAGCUUCGUGCAGCCCAGCUCCCCACUCCUAUACCAUGAGUGGGGAAAUCACCAGCACAGGAGUGAGGUCUGAUGAAUGGGUCAGAGACUCACUAGUUCAUCAUCCUGUAGAAGUGUAUUUCCUCUGCAUCCCCCUGGUGUUAUGGAUGGAGAAAACCAUCUUCUUAAGUGGGAAGUCUUCUUCUCCAUGGGGUCCUAUCACUAACGGCAGUGUGUUGAUUCUCCAUUGAACACCAUGCUUUUUUUUAUAAUCAGGAUUGACUUUUUUUUUGACCAGAGCCAGGUUUAAACUCACUACCUCCGGUAUAUGGGGCCAGCACCACACUCCUUGAGCCACAGGUGCCACCCCAGGAUUGACUUUUAAACAUUCGUGUUGGAUAAGGAAGAAACCCAGAUCAGGAGGAAGAAGAAAGAAGAGGAGUCAGUAAUGGCUAUUGCUCAGCCGUUUGCAUAUGCGCAAUAGGAUGCCUGUGACAACGGUUACCACAGACGCACCUGCCCAAGUGCCAACGGCCUCCUCAAGAAAGGAGCUAAGGCAGAUAAAAGAUUCUGAUCUUUCUAUGAGUCACUGUGGACAUAGUGAUCCUGAAGACAACAGUCAUUUUCUAGUUUGGGGAGACACUGAAUUUUCUAGUUUGGGACAAUUGACAUUCAGGGAUGUGGCCAUAGAGUUCUCUCAGGAGGAGUGGCAGUGCCUGGACCCUGCUCAGAGGGCUUUGUACAGGGCCGUGAUGUUGGAGAACUACAGGAACCUGGUCUCCCUGGGAAGGGAAAGAGCCCUGGACUGUGGAGACUGAAGUGAAAGCACCAACAAAUUCAAACUGGGAGGAAUGGAUCAGAGGUGUGCACUCAGGUAAGAGCUCAGGUAGGCACAGUGGAAGCUGCACUCUUAAACAGUGUGUGGGAAAGGCUGCCAGUUAGGGGUUCUGUGGAUGAGCAAAAGGUUAAAUCCUGUGAGCUCUACGGAGAAAUCUUUGUCUUUGUCUCUACUGAUCACUCUAUUCUUGGAUGUGGAACACUGGAUUAUUUGACCCUGCAGUCAUGCUACAGCUCAAACAGAGAUCAAGGCAAAAUAUUUGAUUGCAUGAUGACACCUCUAUGAACACUUUGGUCCCCUGUCUGUGUAGGACACAGAGAAGGCCAUGU